AUGGCGACACACCUCCUCUUCUUCUUCUCAGUUUCCAUCUUAUUCCUCGCCAUUUUCUCACUUGCAGAUGGAGGUUCAAUCGGAGUAAACUAUGGUCGAAUAGCUGGAGAUCUACCGUCUGCUUCCAAAGUUGUGAAGCUACUCAAAUCUCAAGGAAUCGAUCGGGUUAAGGUGUACGAUACUGAUCCGGCUGUGCUCAGAUCGCUGGCCGGAACUGGCAUUAAGGUGACAGUGAACCUCCCCAACGAGUUCCUUUACGCCGCCGCCAGAAGAAGGUCAUUUGCAUACGGAUGGGUCCGACGGAACGUGGUUGCUUACUAUCCAAAUACUCGGAUCGAAGCCAUUGCCGUCGGCAAUGAAGUGUUCGUUGAUCCUAAAAACACCACUGGAUUUCUGAUUCCCGCCAUGAAAAAUAUACAUCAAGCAAUCGUUAAAUAUAAUCUCCAUUCCGAUAUCAAACUCUCGUCACCAGUUGCUUUAAGCGCUCUACAAAACUCGUACCCGUCUUCGGCCGGAUCUUUCAGACCCGAACUUAUCGAACCAGUUUUCAAACCUAUGUUCGAAUUCCUCCGGCAGACUGGAUCUUACUUAAUGGUUAAUGCGUAUCCGUUUUUUGCUUACGAGUCAAACUCCGACGUAAUCUCUCUCGACUACUCACUCUUCCGUCAGAACCCCGGUGUUCCGGACGCCGGCAACGGUUUACGCUACUUCAACCUCUUCGACGCUCAGAUCGACGCUGUUUUUGCUGCGAUGUCGGCGUUGAAAUUCGAUGACAUCCCGUUGGUGGUUUCGGAGACUGGUUGGCCGUCAAAAGGUGACGAGAACGAGAUCGGAGCUAGCGUAGAAAACGCCGCCGCUUACAAUGGUAACCUAAUCAAAAGAAUCCUCACCGGCGGCGGAACACCUCUUCGUCCCAAAGCGAAUCUAACAGUUUUCCUCUUCGCUCUUUUCAACGAGAACAAGAAGACCGGACCGACAUCGGAGCGAAACUACGGGUUGUUUUAUCCGAAUAUGCAGAAGGUUUACAACAUUCCCUUCACGGUGGAGGAUCUGAAGAAUUACAGGUCGGAGAGUUCGCCGGUGACCGGCGGUGAUGGUGAUGGUAGUCGAGUGAGUGUUUCAAAUCCGGUUAAGAAAGGUGGAAACGGGUCGGGUGAGUCUUGGUGUGUGGCAAGGGAUGUUGGAAAAGAUAAGCUGCAGUCGAGUUUGGAUUAUGCAUGUGGUGAAGGAGGUGCUGAUUGCCGUCCGAUACAACCUGGAUCCACGUGUUACGAUCCUAACACUCUACAGGCACACGCAUCGUUUGCAUUCAAUAGUUAUUACCAGAAGAUGGGACGCGCGUCUGGCGCGUGUUAUUUUGGUGGGGCGGCCUACGUAGUCACUCAGCCACCCAAUUUUGGGAAGUGUGAGUUUCCCACCGGCUACUGACGAGGAAGAUGACGAUGGCACAAGAAACCCAUAUGUUGUAUAAUUUAUUGUAGGUUUUAUUAUUUAAUUUGGAUUAGUUGGGGUUGUUAG